GGCUGGGCUACCAUUGACUACCACAGGUUAUUGUUGACCUACAACAGCACCAUGCAGUGGACAAGACAAAUGAGUAACCUGGUCCUGGCGGUGUACGGCAUUACACUGAUUACAGGCCUUCCUGCCAACCUGCUGGCCCUCUACACCUUCGUCCGAAAGGUGAAGCAGAAUGCCACGCCAAUCGAUGUGCUCCUCCUCAGUCUCACCAUCUCAGAUCUGAUCUUCCUCUUCUUCCUCCCCUUCCGCAUGAAAGAGGCAGCUGACAUGAAAUGGACAUUGCCCUACUUCCUCUGCCCACUUUCAGGAUUUAUCUUCUACAGCACCAUCUACAACAGCACCUUCCUCUUGACAGCUAUCAGCGUGGAGCGCUACCUCGGAGUGGCCUUUCCCAUCAGGUACAAACUCAAGAGGCGUCCUCGCAAUGCCGUGAUAGCCAGCAUCAUAUUCGGGGUGGUUUCCAUGGCGCACUGCAGUAUUGUCUACAUCAUGCAGUACUAUGACCACGGCAAUGGUACCAUCAUUGAUCCGUCAAAGCGGAACGUCUGCUACGAGAACUUCAGCCAUGAACAGUUGAAAGUCCUCAUGCCCGUCCGCCUGGAACUGUUCCUGGUACUUUUCUGCAUCCCUUUCAUCAUUUGCUGCUUCUGCUACAUCAACUUCAUCCACAUCCUCUCCCGUCUACCUAACAUCAGUCCCAAGAAGCGUUUCAGGGCGAUUGGGCUCGCUCUUGGCACCCUACUUGUCUUUAUCAUCUGCUUCAUGCCCUACAACUUGUCCCAUGUGGUGGGUUUCAUUGCUUGGUCCAGUCCAGAUUGGAGAGUGUACGCAUUGCUCACCAGCACCUUUAACGCCUGUAUGGACCCCUUCAUCUUCUAUUUCUCCUCUUCAGCACUCCGGGGGACAUUUAAACACUGCUUGAAAGGACUCGUGAAACGACUGCAUCUGUCUUGCUGCCGCAGAACUUUCAGCUGGCCCCAGUUAAACUGCUCUAUGGUCGAGGAGAGCACACAAAGCUCCAAUGACAGUUCUCGCUAGAAUUGGUAGCAAAGUCCAGGACUAUGGAUAAGUACAGACUUUUGGUGGCUGAUUGACACUGUGAACGUUAAAGAGAAAGCUUGUCCAUAUCCAGGCACUGUCCACAGAUACUGAAGCAAGUCCAAUGCACAUGGCCAGUAGACUUUUGACACAUUUUCAUACGCAAUCAUGUUACGGUGUAACUUCCCAUAAAGGGCACGUCGAAAAUGUGGAAUGUGGCCUUUGUUUGCAUGUCACAGGCUGUGGUACUGACUGCCCUUAGCGCUUGAUAGAGGAGAAGUGCUCUCCUUUCAAUGAACUCGGUUCAGGGAUUCGCAAGCGGACCCUUGCGUUCAGCUCAAAAUGGCAUUUCAUGGUCACACACCACAGAAUGUGAUGAAAAGCUCGCUGUCAGUGUGGGCCGGGCAUUAGCAUAGAAUUCUUUACAGGUUCUCCGGUCUCAUGGACAAGUUCAACAACGUCUUGACUUUUUGAGAUAAUGUGUACUGAGUUUUAUUCAUUCAUAAGCUGUUGUAUAAUAUUCUUUACUGUAGCAUAUGGAUAUUUUACUAAUGAACUAUGUUCCUUUGUUACCUUUUAUGGAAAAAAAAAGGGUGUUUGUACUGCCAGUGCUGUCAGAGACCACCCUUCAUUUAUUUCACUUCUAGUCAAGAGAGCCAUAAGGUACAGCAGAUGCAUCUGAAGAGAUUAGAUAUAAGAUAAUCCAUUUGUGAAAGGAAGGAGAAAGCCACAUGAAAAUAAAAAGAGAUUAA